UGUAACGCAAAGGUCGACAGUUUGUUUCCGUUCGGGCCAGAAAGGAGUACAAGCUACCAAGGAAUAACUGAGCGGUGACUUGGAGCAUUUAUGUAAACCCAAGUUCUCAUAUGUGUCACGUGUACCAAUGAAAUCACCGCGAAAGUUUACUCCGGUUCCCAUUUCCCCCACGUUUAAUCGCAGCAAGAGCUUACUCAUUUUCCCGGAGACGGUACUUUCAUAACCAAGGAUCAACGAUGGAACCCUCCAAUUUACAGUUACGUUCGUUCAAUGAGCGCGUAACGUGCACGCGCAGACAAAUGCGCACCGUUCAAUGGAAUCUCGAUUCUUUUUGCAACUGGUUAUAAAUUAGAAUUCGAGCUGGUGUAUCUAUACAUUUUCUUCUUCAUUUUUCUCGCUGGAACAUCGAGAACGUUAUGCCAUGCUCGUCUCAUACCAACCUUGUAAAUUUCAUUAAUUUAUUCUCCUAACCAAGUAUUGUUAAUCUCGUCCUUGAUAGAAGAAGAACAAUUCCUUGAGCGACUUGAAAAAUUCGUCGCGCUUUGCGUCGCGUACUUGUUACUUAUUGUCAAAGUUCUACUUGAUAUUUUAGAGACACCCUCGGACCGAAAAGUAGCCAGUGUCGAGAUUCGAGGUAGUAGCGACUAGCGAGUCCAGCUUUCAGAUAGAUCACGUAAUCUCUAGGAGCCUCGACAAAGAGAGAGAGAGAGAGAGUACAACGGUUCUUCUUCUGCAUCCUGUUGCGAGCGUCUCUCGCGUGUUGACGUUCCCUGCAUUUCGAGGAACCGUACAAUGCCCUUUACCGGUAACGGUAAAGGUGAACGGCACCUCUAAGGGCGUUCGUUUUGACAUUGGGAACCGUAGAUAGAAUUCUGGUCGGGGUGAUUGGUAUACACUACUAACAGUGUGUACACCGGCAGGCGCUAGUGUGCGCUUAGGGCGAUGCACUCCUUCGGCCACAUGUUCUUUAUUCGGUAAGAGUAUCGAUUGUUUGUCUCGCAAUCAGAGGUGGGUAACAUUUUAUUGGAACAAAUAUAAUCGGUAUUGUACGUUUGUAAAGGUAAUUUAUAGUAUUAUCCUUGGUUACUUUAAAAAGUAUUUAGUUGGUAUGUCAAGUGCCGACAAGUUAUUUCGAAUAGCGUCACCUGUUUACUCGUUUGCGUCGCUCUAAAUGUUAAAGGUGUUGAAUGAGCCCACGUUACAGGCGUACGCGAAAAGACUCCGAUGUCGAGAACGAUCACGUUUUUCCCGUUAACAGAUCCACCCGGAGGCUGGUUCUUCCGAAUUAUGCAACGUCGAACGACGAUGAAAGUCUCGCGCGAUUGCGCCAAUUCUUUCGCAACUGGACAUUUUCGAGAGAAUCGACGAUCCACCACUUGGAAGGGCUUCGAUGGCUUCGACCCGAGGAUACCGGUCGGAGUAAUCCGUAAGACUGCGACACUGGAUUCCGAUUCCAUUGGGAAACAUUCGGGCAUGACUUUAUUCACCGUUUACCAUCGAACGUUACGAGAGCCCACGCACGAAUUAUCGGCGCUGCUCGAAACUACCGAAAAAAGAAAAAGAAGAAGAAAAAGAAAAAGAAAAAGAAAAAGAGAGAAAAAACAACAGCGGUAGCUGAGCCAAGAGAUUCGAUUCUUGUCUCGGGGAAGUUAGGUAACCCGUAACAGCCGCGAAGCCGUAGAGGUGAUUCCAAGUUGGUGUUUCAGUCUCGCCGUGGUGGCCGAACCGACACCAUCGUUUUCGUUCGGUGUGCACCCGUCUCGAUACGCAGGAUGUCAAACGAUCACGAUAAAAGAACACGGUGAACACUACCUACAGCCAAUCUGUGAUGUGAUAACUUGUGACUGGGUCGCUUUAAACAUUCUCAUCAUGAAAACCUCGUUUGACCACUGGGGUCCAAGGUAUUCGCUGAUCGUUAUUUGCUUCGCACUGAUGGUCAACGUCAGAUCUGCAAUCAUGCGUCCACCUUGGGCGGACCCCUCGAGUAAUCCUUGUGCCGCCCAACCACGUGGCUGGCAAUUGUUAUUUUGGCCGCCGGAUGGAAAGUGUUACAAAAUAUUCCAGAUCGGACCACCGUGUCCAGAGACAAUGGAACUAGGACCAGCAGCAGGCGGAGGUGGAACGAUAGCGGAAUGUAGAUGUCCACCUGGAACUGCGCAGUCCCCUAGAGACGCUCUUUGUCAUUCGAUAUACACCAGAGCAUCCUGUCCGAAAGGUCAAUUGUUCGCACCGGUACCGGAGACUUCUGGCAAGUCUAGGUGGGGCGUUUGCCGUGAUCCAGAAGCAUGCCCUGCAAAAGGACAAGUCUAUUGGCCCAAGGAUGAGAAAUGCUACCCUUUAUUCAGCAGAGGACCGUGUCCAAAAGGUGAACUCGUUACUACGGACGAAGAUGGAUUGACGAUAUGUUCUUGUUCGAUGACGGGUGAACUUGGAAAGUAUCAUUGGCCAGGAAUCGUGGGAGGUUGCCACGAACACUACACCAAAGGUCCGUGUACAGAACCUGGACACUUAUUUUUACCGGGUGGUGAAUGCGGUUGCCAUUCCGAACUACCUCAUUACCAUGAACCAACUGGAAUGUGCUACCAGUUAGGUGGCAUCGGUCCAUGUUUGAAAGGACAUCAAUUUGUGGUAACGGAUACGAUAGCCAAUGAAGCUACAAUUCGAGCUAAAUGUGUCUGUAAACCGGAUCAUGUUCUCUAUGAUAAUGGACUCUGCUAUAGGCUUUAUACGAGGGGACCUUGCGAAUAUGGUCGCAUGUUAAUAAAUUCCACGACUUGUGUUCCUACGCCCUGCAAACGUGGCCGAUUGUACUUUCCUCGAGAGAAAACGUGUUAUAAGAUAGGAAGUAAAGGGCCAUGCCCGAGUGGACAAAUCGUCUUGUACGAUUACAAUGUGAGGCCAUCUAUCGAUGGAAUUAGCUACAACGGAGUGUGCGGAUGCACCAACGCGCUCAAGGACGCUGGAAAGUGCACCGAGGACAGCAACGAUAGUUGCGAGUCUAUCCCAGGGAUGGUUCUGAUAAAUAAAACUUGCUACAAAUUAUAUACGCAAGGUCCGUGUACAGCAGGAGAGUGGCUGCUUCCAAAAAGAAUGCCAAAACCGACCUUAUGGGAAAACGAAUCGGAAUCAAGAGCUAGCUGCGAAUGCAGACCUGGAUACAAAAGAAUCACGGAAACUUCUCAAGUCUCGGAAGUAGAAAGUAACAAUCUCCUUUCUUCGGGUGGCUGUGAGCCACCUACAGUGAGUUUAGCAAAGUUUCUCAACGAAAAUGUUAAAUUGAUCAACUUUUGAGUCAGACGAAUCAGACUAUGCGCGCUCGUUAGCGCUAGUGAUGAAGCAAAUUAUGCUUAUAUUUUUAAAUAAUACCUGUAAAUAGUACUGUACAAAUCUUAUGCGUUAAGCUACUUUCCAUUUUUACGUCUCCAUUUCGUAACCAUUCCUAUUUAUUUAAUCUCUUAAAACUAUCAAAAUUCGCGUCAUUUCAAUCCAUUUUUAUUUUGUAUAUUCAAACACUUCGAGACCUAUCGCGUAAACUUACUUUUAAUUACUUACCUUUUCAUCAUACAUAGUACCCUCGAAACAAUGAUCGAUUUGUAAAUAUAUGUAAUUUAUAGCGAUACCUACUUUCCAAAUAUGAUUCAUUUUUAAGAAUAAGAAAUAUCAUACCUUGUAAACAGAAAAAUA